AUGGGCUUCACCACUGUCCGGAAGGUGCAGUACACUCGGGUUUGGAUUCCCGACCCUGAUGAAGUUUGGAAAUCGGCAGAAAUAAUCAAGGAUUACAAGGAGGGAGAUAAAAGCCUGCAUCUGAAGCUUGAAGAUGAAACUAUCUGUGAAUAUCCCAUUGACCUCCAUGGAAACGAGCUGCCUUUCCUGCGCAAUCCUGAUAUCCUGGUGGGAGAGAAUGACCUGACGGCCCUGAGCUAUCUACAUGAGCCUGCGGUCCUCCACAACCUCAAAGUGAGGUUCCUUGAGUCCAACCACAUCUACACAUACUGUGGUAUUGUGCUUGUUGCCAUCAAUCCCUAUGAGCAGCUGCCAAUCUAUGAACAAGAUGUCAUCUAUGCCUACAGCGGCCAAAACAUGGGGGACAUGGAUCCUCACAUCUUUGCGGUGGCCGAAGAAGCCUAUAAGCAGAUGGCCAGGGACGAGAAGAACCAGUCCAUCAUCGUAAGCGGCGAGUCGGGCGCUGGCAAGACCGUCUCCGCCAAGUAUGCCAUGCGCUUCUUCGCAACGGUCGGGGGCUCCGCCAGCGAGACCAACAUCGAAGCCAAAGUCCUCGCCUCGAGCCCGAUUAUGGAGGCAAUUGGAAAUGCUAAAACAACAAGGAAUGACAACAGCAGCCGCUUUGGGAAAUAUAUUCAGAUUGGCUUUGAUAAAAGAUACCAUAUCAUUGGUGCCAACAUGAGGACCUAUCUGUUGGAAAAAUCAAGAGUUGUGUUCCAGGCGGAGGAUGAGAGGAACUACCACAUCUUCUAUCAGCUUUGUGCCUCAGCAAGUCUUCCAGAAUUUAAAGACCUUGCACUAACGUGCGCCGAAGACUUCUUCUAUGCUUCGCAGGGAGGCGACGCGUCCAUCGAGGGUGUGGACGACGCCGAGGACCUGGAGAAGACCAGGCAUGCCUUCACCCUGCUGGGAGUGAAGGAGUCCCACCAGACCACCAUCUUCAGGAUAAUCGCUGCCAUUCUGCACCUGGGCAACCUGGACAUUCAGGCCGAACGCGAUGGAGACGCCUGCAGUAUAUCGAGCACAGAUGAGCACCUGAACACCUUCUGCAGCUUGCUGGGUGUGGAGCACAGCCAGAUGCAGCACUGGCUCUGCCACCGGAAACUGGUCACCACGGCUGAGACCUACGUGAAGAGCAUGUCCCUCCAGCAGGUGCUCAACGCCAGGGAUGCCUUGGCAAAGCACAUUUAUGCCCAGCUCUUCAACUGGAUCGUGCAGCACAUCAACAAAGCCCUGCACACCACCGUCAAGCAGCACUCUUUCAUUGGCGUGCUUGAUAUCUAUGGGUUUGAAACUUUUGAAGUGAACAGCUUUGAACAGUUUUGUAUCAACUAUGCCAACGAAAAGCUCCAGCAGCAAUUCAACUCGCAUGUGUUCAAGCUGGAACAAGAAGAAUACAUGAAGGAAGAAAUCCCAUGGACUCUUAUAGACUUCUACGAUAACCAGCCCUGCAUAGACCUUAUAGAAGCGAAACUUGGUAUCUUGGACCUGCUGGAUGAAGAGUGCAAGGUUCCCAAAGGAACUGACCACAACUGGGCGCAGAAGCUGUACGACCGGCACGCUGGCAGCCAGCACUUCCAGAAGCCCCGCAUGUCCAACUCCUCCUUCAUCGUCGUGCACUUUGCGGAUAAGGUGGAGUACCAGUGCGAGGGCUUUCUCGAGAAAAACAGGGACACUGUGUACGAAGAGCAGAUCAACAUCCUGAAAGCCAGCAAGUACCAGAUGGUCGCGGACUUGUUCCAAGACGAGAAGGAUUCUGCACCCGCUGCUUCCGUGGGAAAAGGGACCUCCAAGAUCAGCGUCCGUUCUGCCAGGCCAGUCGUCAAAGCGGCCAAUAAGGAGCACAAGAAGACGGUGGGGCACCAGUUCAGGAACUCCCUGCAUUUGCUUAUGGAGACGCUGAAUGCCACCACCCCGCACUACGUACGCUGCAUCAAGCCAAAUGACGAGAAGCUCCCGUUCAAAUUCGAUCCGAAGAGAGCAGUGCAGCAGCUCAGAGCUUGCGGCGUGUUGGAGACCAUCCGCAUCAGUGCAGCUGGCUUCCCGUCCAGGUGGUCCUACCAUGACUUCUUCAAUAGAUACCGCGUUCUUAUGAAAAAGAGAGAUGUCUCCAAGAAUGACAAGAAGCAAAUCUGUCGGGCCCUGUUGGAAGACCUCAUUAAGGAUCCAGACAAGUUCCAGUUUGGACGUACCAAGAUCUUUUUCCGUGCAGGCCAGGUGGCAUAUCUGGAGAAACUGCGAGCAGAUAAGUUCAGAGCUGCCACAAUCAUGAUUCAGAAGACAGUGCGGGGCUGGCUGCAGAGGGUGAAGUACCAAAGGCUGAAGAGGGCUGCGAUAGUCAUCCAGCGUUAUGCCCGUGGGCACCUGGCUCGCAGGCUUGCAGAGCACCUGCGGAGAACGCGGGCAGCCAUCAUCUUCCAAAAGCAAUACCGAAUGCUGAGGAUCCGCCAAGCUUUCCAGCGGAUCCGCAGUGCCACCAUCACCAUCCAGGCUUUUGCUCGAGGCAUGUUUGUCAGGAGAGUUUAUCGCAAGAUGCUUGUAGAACACAAAGCAACCAUCCUGCAGAAGUAUGUUCGUGCCUGGCUGGCCCGUACUCGCUUCCUCCGGAUCAGGAGGGCCACCAUCGUCCUGCAGUGCUACUACCGGCGCAUGAAGGCCCGGCAGGAGCUGAAGGCACUGAAGAUUGAGGCCCGUUCAGCACAGCACCUUAAGAAACUCAACAUUGGCAUGGAGAACAAGGUGGUCCAGCUUCAAAGAAAGAUUGAUGAGCAGAACAAGGAGUACAAACUUCUGAAUGAGCAGCUCUCUACACUCACUUCUGCUCAUUUGUCUGAAGUGGAAAAGCUGAAGAAGGAGCUGGAGCAAUAUCAGCAGUGUCAUCAGGGCGAUGGGAACCAGCUCGUUAGCUUGCAAGAAGAGAUGGAGAGCCUCCGCCUGGAGCUUGAGAAAGCCCAUGGUGAAAGGAAGGUGGUGGAGGACAGCUAUGUGAAGGAGAAGGACCUGCUCAGAAAGCGCAUAUCGGACCUGGAGGAGGAGAACGCGCUGCUGAAGAGGGAGAAGGAGGAGCUGAACCGCAGGAUCCUGAGCCAACCCCAAGAUGAAUUUGCACGAAACACGGGGGAGGAAGAUCUCCAGAUGAAGAAAGAGCUGGAAGAAGAGAGGUCUCGGUAUCAGAACCUGGUGAAAGAGUAUUCAAGGCUAGAGCAGAGAUACGACAACCUGAGGGAUGAAAUUACUAUUAUAAAGCAAGCUCCGGGGCACAGGAGAAACCCAUCCAACCAAAGCAGCUUGGAGUCCGACUCCAAUUACCCAUCGAUAUCGACCUCCGAGCUGGGGGACACUGAGGAUGUAAUUCAGCAAGUGGAGGAGGCUGGGAUGGAGAAAGCAGCCAUGGACAUGACACUCUUCCUCAAGCUGCAGAAGCGAGUGAGGGAGCUUGAGCAGGAGAGGAAGAAACUGCAAACCCAGCUGGAGAAAAAGGAGCAGGAAGGCAAGAAAGCCCAGGUAAUUGAGACGAAGAUGGAAAUGGCUUCAGACCACGAAGAUUUUGCCUACAACAGUCUGAAGAGGCAAGAACUGGAAUCAGAGAACAAGAAACUGAAAAAUGAGCUGAACGAGCUGAGGAAGGCUAUUGCGGAGCGGGCGACCCAGAACAAUUCUUCCAACGACAUCCAGGACAGCUACAGCCUCUUGCUGAACCAGCUGAAGUCGGCCAACGAAGAGCUGGAAGUGCGGAAAGAAGAGGUUCUUAUCCUGAGGACGCAGAUUAUGAAAGCGGCCCAGCAAAAAGAGACAGGCAAAAACAUGGUAAUUGAGAGAGCAAGCAUCAACACCCAUGCCAGCUGGCCCAACAGCGACAAGCACGUGGACCAGGAGGACGCAAUCGAGGCUUACCAAGGAAUGUGUGAGACGAACCGCAAGACUGAGGACUGGGGUUAUCUCAAUGAAGAUGGAGAGCUCGGCUUGGCUUAUCAAGGCUUAAAGCAAGUUGCCAGGUUGCUGGAAGCACAGCUCCAGGACCAGCGAAGAGAGCACGAGGAGGAGGUCGAAACUUUGAAGAACCAAGUAGAGGCAAUGAAGGAAGAGAUGGAGAAACAGCAGCAGGCCUUCCUGCAGACCCUGCAGCUGUCUCCAGAGGCCCAGGUGGAGUUUGGGCUUCAGCAAGAAAUUACGCGCCUCACCAACGAGAAUCUGGAUCUCAAAGAGUUACUAGAAAAGCUGGAAAAGAAUGAAAAGAAGCUAAAGAAACAGCUGAAGAUUUACAUGAAGAAGGUGCAAGAUUUUGAAGCAUCCCAAGCGACAGUACAGAUGGAGAGGAGGCGGCACGAGCUCAACCGGCAGGUCGCAGUCCAGAGGAAGGAGAAGGAUUUCCAGGGAAUGCUGGAAUAUUACAAAGAGGACGAGCCGCUUCUUGUGCGAAACCUUAUCACAGAUCUGAAGCCCCAGACAGUGUCUGCCACUGUCCCUUGCCUCCCCGCCUACAUUCUCUACAUGUGCAUCAGGCACGCGGACUACAUCAACGAUGACCAGAAAGUGCACUCCUUGCUCACCUCCACCAUCAAUGGCAUUAAGAAAGUAUUGAAGAAGCACAACGAGGACUUUCAGAUGACGUCGUUUUGGCUGGCUAACACGUGUCGCCUCCUGCACUGCUUAAAGCAAUACAGCGGGGACGCGGGUUUUAUGACGCAAAACACGGCUAAGCAGAACGAGCACUGUCUCAAGAACUUCGACCUGACCGAGUACCGCCAGGUACUGAGCGAUCUCUCCAUCCAGAUCUAUCAGCAGCUCAUUAAGAUAGCAGAGGGCAUAUUGCAGCCCAUGAUAGUGUCUGCAAUGUUGGAAAAUGAGAGCAUCCAGGGGCUUUCCGGCGUGAAGCCAAUGGGCUACAGGAAUCGCUCCUCCAGCUUGGCGGACAGCGACAGCUCGUACAACUUGGACGCAGUCAUCCGCCAGAUGAACGUGUUCUACAACAUCAUGUGCGAUCAGGGCCUGGACCCAGAGAUCAUCCAGCAGGUCUUCAAGCAGCUAUUCUACAUGAUCAAUGCAGUCACCCUCAACAACCUCCUGCUGCGGAAGGACGUCUGCUCGUGGAGCACUGGCAUGCAGCUAAGGUUUAAUAUAAGCCAGCUAGAAGAGUGGCUGCGUGGGAAGAACUUGCAACAGAGUGGAGCGGCGCAGACGUUGGAACCCUUGAUUCAGGCAGCGCAGCUCCUGCAGCUCAAAAAGAAGACCUCGGAGGACGCCGAGGCCAUCUGUUCCCUGUGUACCUCGCUCACUACGCAGCAGAUUGUGAAAAUACUUAAUCUCUACACUCCUGUGAACGAGUUUGAAGAACGUGUUACAGUAGCCUUUAUACGAAACAUACAGGCACACUUGCAAGAGCGAAAUGACCCUCCACAGCUGCUGUUAGACUUCAAGUAUAUGUUCCCAGUUUUGUUUCCGUUCAAUCCAUCUUCAAUAACCAUGGACUCUAUUCAUCUCCCUGCUUCUCUCAACUUGGAAUUUCUCAAUAAAGUCUGAAGAAAAUAUAAUUAAGUUCAU